AUGGAUAAAGGCAAAGUUAAAGGCAAGAAUACUUUAGGAGAAUCAUCCGGGUCUAAACUGAACCCGAAUGCCCAGCCCUUCAGUCCUAUAGUAGAUGCACCACGGGUUAAAAGGACCUUGUUCAUGAAAUUUUUCAUUACAUUCCCAACUAUCUCCAAGCAAGAAAUUCACGACUACUUUACCAGGCGAUUUGGGAACAACUGCAUUGAGAGCCUUUACGUACCCAAGCAAAAUGAAAGAGAUUCAAAGUUGGGAAUCAUUACAUUCUCAAUAUCACUCUUUCCUUAUGUGAUAUGGGACGAUGGGAAGAGGAGCUACUGUUGA